AUGUUCGAAAAUUUACCACGUUCGGCCCAAUGCGAUUUGUUUUGGGUCCGUCUAAAGGCCAUAGUCAAAGCAAAAGGUGGUGAUAUCGAGCAAAAGUUUUCAUCCUUCUUGGCAGAACGCAGAAGUCAAUUCAAGUUAUUUUGCCACCUUGCCUAUGGUUUUCCAAAUUAUCCGGCUACUUCAAAAUCCUCGAAACAAGUAUUCUUCCAAUGUCGAGACUGUGGAAAGUUUUACAAAUAUGAAAGAAAUUUACAAUCUCAUUUGAAAAAUGAAUGUUUCUUCUAUUGCGGCUACGAUCCAUUAGGAAAACUGGCUGCCAUCCAAAGGAAAGACCAGUUUACCUUGAACACUGUAGUUAAUGAAAAUGCAUCUUUCAAAUGCAAAAAAUGUAGCAAAACAUAUAAAUACCAAAGCAGUCUUUAUAAUCAUGUUACAUAUGAAUGUGGAAAUCCACCGAAAUUUCAAUGUCCAGUUUGUCCAUAUAAAGCUCACAGAAAAGGAAAUCUUGCCUUUCAUAUCAAAAAUAGACACCCGGAAUUUGCAAUGUUUUCUGUACAAGAAAUGGGAAUAUAA